AUGAGGGCAGCAACAACAACAGCAGCAGCAGCAGCAGCAGCAGCAGCGCAACAACCCCAAAAUAAAGAUGAAUCGGAAAGAGAACUUGAAGAAGCACAAAGAGAGAACUCAACAAACAGCAACGGGUCUUAUCUUUUAAACUCCGGCGAGGAGUCGCUGCCGUACGUACAGCCGGCGCCCCACGAGCUGCUGCAGCACCUCCGCGAGCAGGCGCUGCAGCAGCAGCAGCAGCAGCAGCACGAGCAGCAGGAGCAGCAGCAGGACUCGGGCGAGGAGGAGGCGCGCAGCACGGCGGAGGAGGCCCAGCAGUUCGAGGCCCAGGACAAGGAGGGGGUCCUCCCCGAGGAGGGGGGCCCCCCCGCAGCAGCAGCAGCAGCAGCAGCAGCAGCAGGAGGCGAGGAGGGGGCCCCCUUGGGGGGCCCCCUGCCAGGACUUAGCAUGGAGCGUGUGGUUGGCUUCGAGUCGAUCCCGCUGUCUCCGGGAUCGGGGAGUUUGGAAGCGGCAGCGCAGCAGCAGCAGCAGCAGCAGCAGCAGGACUCCUCGGAGGCUUCGCCCGCAGCAGCAGCAGCAGCAGAGGGAGCAGCAGCGCGGCGCUGCAGCAGCAGCAGGUGCUGCGUGGCCCUGGGGAGGGCCCCCUGCGGGCGGCGCGCAGCAGCGGGGGGGCCCCCGGGGGCCCGCAGGCCGGGGGCCCCCGGGGGGCCCCCCGCGAACACUUACCAGCUGCUGCAGGCUGCGCAGCUGCCCGAGACGGACGUCACGCGCCUCGAACACUCCAAGUACAGAGACCUCGUCAUCGCCGUCAGCGCCAAUAGAAUCCUUUCCAUGUGGUGCCCCAGGACCCUCCAGUGCAUUUUCGAGAUGGACGCUGCUGCUGUCACAUGCUCUUCUCCGCUUUCGUUUCUUUAUGUGCUGGAGGCGCCAGAGGCCUGGGAGCUUCGCUCCACAAUCAUUCUUGCCGGAUGCAUGGACGGCUCGAUUUGCGUGCGGCGGCUGGAGAGGGAUUUGGCUGACGGCGGCGUUUGCUGCCGGCUGGUGCGCAACUACAUAAGAGAAGUGGAGCCCCAAGUCCCCAUCAGCUACAUCUUAGUUGAUUCCUGGCUUAAUGCGGCGUUUGUAGGCGACGCAAG